AUGAGGUCCAAUUUCCGGCAGCAAAAGCAGCUCCCUCUGCUCCGGCAGUGGGUGCAGUACCGGAUCGGCCAGCUGUACAUGAUCAGCAAGCACAGUCAUGAGCAGAGUGAACGCGGGGAAGGUGUGGAGGUGGUGCAAAACGAGCCGUACGACGAUCCGGAGCACGGAUCGGGCCAGUUCACAGAGAAACGAAUCUACCUCAACAACAAGCUGCCCAGUUGGGCCAGAGCAGUGGUCCCUAAAAUCUUCUACGUCACAGAGAAGGCUUGGAACUAUUAUCCAUACACUAUCACAGAGUACACGUGCUCCUUCCUGCCAAAGUUUUCCAUCCACAUUGAGACCAAGUACGAGGAUAAUAAAGGGAGCAAUGAUAAUAUCUUUGGCCGUGAGCCCAGAGAGGAGGAAACAGAGGUGUGUGUUGUGGACAUUGCCUCUGAUGAGAUCCCAGAGCGCCACUACAAGGAGUCAGAGGACCUGCGGCAUUUCAAAUCAAAGAAGACUAACAGAGGGAGUCUGCAGGAAGGAUGGAUCGACACUCAAGACCCCAUCAUGUGCUCGUACAAACUGGUCACAGUCAAGUUUGAAGUGUGGGGCCUGCAAACACGCGUGGAGCAGUUUGUGCACAAGGUGAUCCGAGAUGUCCUGCUUCUAGGACACAGACAGGCCUUUGCCUGGGUGGAUGAGUGGAUCGAUAUGACCAUGGAGGAGGUGAGGGAGUUUGAGCGUGCCACGCAGGAGGCUACCAAUCUGAAGAUUGGCACUUUCCCCCCCGCCAUCUCCAUCUCAGAGACGCCCCUGCCCUCCAGCACCCGGAGCGGGCCCAACAGCGCCCCGUCUACUCCCCUCUCCACCGAAGCCCCUGAUUUCCUGUCGGUGCCCAAGGAGCGACCCAGGAAGAAGUCUGCUCCUGAAACCCUAACGCUGCCAGAUCCGGGCCGCAGGGAUUCAAUCUUCAAACUGCCCAGCUUCUUCUCCUGGAACUCCAGCGUGCAACCAGAAUGAGAGUGAGGUUGCAACCUCGACCUGUGUGGAUCAGCGGAGGAUGCCUGCCCAGUACGUCCCACAAUGCCCCCCCAACCCCCACCCCCUCUCAGCCAGCUGAAGUGAAGGAGACUUUUCACUGUCCUGGUCAUCCCUGCCCCGCAGCAGAGUCGCCAGUGUUACAGCAGCUCUCAGACUGCUUUCACAGGUACAGACCAGCAGCCUCCUCUGCACAGAAAAAGUCCCAUGAGGUGUAACGGUAUUGUACCCUUCUGCGAGAGUCUAACAAAAGCAGCUGUAGGCUCCUCAUUCAUCUUUCCUUGGUAAAAAAAAAAGACCAGCUCACAUUCUGCAUCAAUCAGUAUGGAGACCAACUGAGUGUAGCAUACAUUCCUGAAAAUGUCACUCAGAGCAUCAUCUUUUCAUCCAAGCUCAGGGUGUCUUGAUAACUGCUUUAUCUUUAAACAUCUCUGGACUCUGGCUUUGUUAACUGGAGCUUGUGGUUUGAUGUUUGUAUUUGUGUGAUUGAGAGUUUUUAACAGAUGUUCCUGGCCACUGUAACAGUUGAGUGUUUUGGUUUUCACAGUCAGGUGCUCAGUUUUUUUUUAUGUAUAUAAUGUAUAAUUUAAUUGAUAAAGUGUCAGCAAAUUAAAUGUCCAGUGAAAUUAGCAUUGUGAGCUUAACAGACAUGACGCUUUUUCCUCUGUUUAUAGUGAGUUCUGUCAGCCACCAUGUCCUCAUGUGAUGGCAUGAUUUUAAUGAUUUUAACAUUGAGCUGAAGUUUUUGCUAAUCAGUUUUCAUCCCCGAAGGGAAGCUAUUAUGGUUGUGAAAUUUAAUGUUUCCUUUGUUAUCUCAUACUUAUGUGCUUCUACAGCGUGAACAAGUGGUCUUGUUUUGCUGCUUGCUUUUAUAUUCAGUAAAUCCAAUUAUAAUAAACACUGGAGCAUCUCUAA